AGUAAUUAAUAAAGGCCAUGUAUUUUAUUGCUAUUUUUAUCUUCCCUACGAACAGUUGAUUUUACGAGGUGAUUUUGUUCUGUAGUAUAUUUUUUUAAUAAGAUGAAUUUAAGAUUAUUUUUAUUCUUUCUUUGUUUAACUGGUGUUGUGUGUUCACAAUGUUACUGGAAUACAGAAUGUUCCUAUAAGUAUUUCUCAAGUAAAACACUGUAUAAUUCCGUGAGAGGUGAUAUAAGAGAUAGUAUUAUUAAAAUAAAGCAAUGUGAACCGAUUAGUAUGUGGAGUAUCAUACGUCAUGGACAAAGAAAUCCAGGAAUUGAUUUCGCCAGACAAAUGAAGAAGGCACUUAGCCUCAAAAAACUUAUAGUUAAAAGUUUUGAUAGAAAAAAUAGCUCAGUCUGUGCCCAAGACAUAGAAAAUUUGCGCAAUUGGAAUGUCCCUAUGGACAUGCUAACCAACGUUCGAUAUCUUACAAAGCAGGGUUACCAAGAAAGUCUAGGAAUUGGUCAAAGAAUAAGAGCAGUCUUCCCAGAUUUAGUAAAUAACUUAGACGAGGGAACAUACCAAUUUCAGUCAGCAUAUGGGCAUUGGCUAGUCAAUAGCAUGAAAGCAUUUGUAGAAGGAAUAACAGCGGGCAAUAAUGAUAAAAUUAUCGAAGAAAUAAAUGAUGAUGGUGAUAUUAUAGCACCAUAUUCAAUCUGUGGAAAAUAUCAAGAAGAAGUUAAAAAAAAUCCACAAACUUACGCAGAGGCGGAAAAAUAUAAAGGACAUCCAGACUUUAUAAAAACCAAGGAUAGUAUUCAAAAGCGCACUGGUAUUAACUACAAGUUAUUCAACGAUAAUAUAACCACACUAUAUGAUUUAUGCCGGUAUACUUGGUCUGGCACAGAAAAAUACAGUCCCUGGUGUUCCAUAUUCAGUCAGGAAGACCUUGAAGUUCUAGAAUACAUCGGAGAUUUGAGACACUACUACAGAAGCAGCUAUGGAAUUCCUAUGAAUAUAAAAUUUGCAGGACCAAUACUGUGGGAUCUUCUUAAAAAAUUUGAGGAAGCAAAACAAGGAAACGGAAAGAAAAUUGUAAGCUACUCAGCUCAUGAAACCAUGACAGAUAUGGUCCUUACAGCAUUAGGACUGUUUAAAGAUGAUUUGCCGCUGACUGGUAAGGAAAAAAAACCUGAUAGAAAACUGAGAACUAGUAUUAUUUCCUGUUUCUCUACUAAUAUUAUGGCUGUAUUGAACAGGUGCACGCAGGAUAAACUUUCGAAUUACAAUGUAAUUUUCUAUCUAAAUGAAGAACCAUUGACCGCUCUUUGUGAAGGUGGUAUUUGUUCAUGGGACCAAUUUGAAGACCUUCUAAAACCUUUUAUAAAUGCAACUGUAGAUCCAGAAUUUUGUCAAUUUAAAACGAAUAGGUAUUAAUAAGGUAUUUAUAACGUAAAUCUCUCUUAUUUAAUAAACAAAUUCUUUUUAAUAAAGGUUAAAUCUAAACA